AAUCGAAACACGUUUUUUUAGGUGAAAUGUAAACUUUUUUUUUCGACAUUCGUCACAGUAUUUUGCACCUUUGGUUAUUUGUGUACGUCGUCGAUAUUGAAUGCUAUGGCGGGUGAAAGUGGAGCUGCCGAGUUGAUUAAAGAUCGCUUAUACUUUGCAACUCUCCGAGGAAAACCGAAAAGUACAGCUAACGCACACUACUUCUGCACGGACGACGAGCUUGUCUAUGAAAACUUCUACGCGGACUUCGGCCCUCUGAACCUGGCCAUGUUGUAUCGAUACUGCUGUAAGCUGAACAAAAAGCUCAAGUCUUUCACUCUUUCCCGGAAACGCAUCAUUCAUUACACCAGCUACGACCAGCACAAGAGAGCCAACGCCGCCUUCCUGAUCGGCGCCUACGCUGUAAUAUACUUAAAGAGAACUCCAGAGGAAGUCUACCGAGCCCUGAUAUCUGGGACUAAUGUGUCCUACCUGCCCUUCAGAGACGCUGCUUUCGGGAACUGCACCUACAACCUCACCAUCUUAGAUUGUUUACAUGGAAUCCGUAAGGCCUUGCAGCACGGAUUCUUUGACUUCGAGACGUUUGACGUUGAGGAAUACGAGCACUAUGAGCACGUAGAAAACGGUGACUUUAACUGGAUUGUGCCAGGGAAGCUGCUGGCCUUCAGCGGGCCGCAUCCCAAGAGCAAAAUCGAGAAUGGAUUCCCUCUCCAUGCCCCGGAAGCGUACUUCCCCUACUUUCGCCAGCACAACGUCAGCGACGUGGUCCGGCUCAACAGGAAGAUGUACGAGGGAAGCCGCUUUACAGACGCCGGCUUUGCGCAUCACGACCUGUUCUUCGUGGACGGCGGCACGCCGAGCGACAUCAUCAUCCGCCGUUUCCUGCACAUAUGCGAAACGUCCGAGGGCGCCGUCGCAGUCCACUGUAAAGCUGGCCUUGGCAGGACCGGCACCCUGAUCGGCUGCUACCUCAUGAAGCAUUACUGCUUCACGGCUGCAGAGGCCAUCGCAUGGAUUCGCAUCUGCAGGCCCGGAUCGGUCAUCGGCCCCCAGCAGAACUUUCUGGAAGAAAAACAGCACAGCAUGUGGAUGGACGGGGAUCUUUACCGCGCCAAGCAGCCGAGACCGCGGCCGCACCCCGAGAGAGACCUGACUCACCUCAUCACCAGCCUGGACGACGUUUCUCUCAGCAGCAGCAGCCUGAAUGCCAAAAGCAUCGACGAGAUUGACCUCAUGGACAAUAACAUGGGCUUAACUCAGGGAGACAGACUGCGAGCGCUGAAGAGUCGACGUUCUCUCAGGUCUCCGUCCGCUCUCGGUUUACGUCCGAUACCCGGCACCAUUCCUCCCUCGAAGUCUUCUAAAGCUGCUCCUCCAUUUUCCGGCAACCCUGUAACCAGGAGACUGGCUCGAAUGCCGUCGUCCGCCGGAAACAUGAAGAGCUUUACACCUGGCUUGGCUCGUUCCCUCGGCAACCUUUACAGCCUGGACCACUUCGUAGACGACGACGAAGACGACGACACAAUCGCACUCUCCUACCCUUCCCUCCAUCCUUCACUCCUCUCCUCCAGCCCUCCUCCACAACGCUUCGGUUUUGGAUACCCCGUCCCGAGUUUCCAACAGGAAGUUAAUAACAACCUCAACAAUUCUCCUGCUCCCGCACACAGGCCUGCCAUGAGAGGAAACUUCAGACCUUCAAACCCCAGAGGUCCCGUCCCGGUCGUGCUCACAGGCCGCCAUCUUAGUCGCUCUAUCCCUUCCCUUCAGUCUGAGUACGUUAAGUACUAACGUCAAGGUGACGUGACGCACCGAUUCUCCGGCUCGAGGAAAACCUCUGCGAACUGACUCACGGAGCGUCAGGAUCAGCAUGCGAGACGCGACGGCAAACUAAUAAACCGUGGCUUCACCGUUUAACCAUUCCUCUCAUUUCCAGUCUUUAUAACACAUAAUAUCUCUCAUACUUAAAGUUUUGUCAUGCUCAAGCAGGAGCAUUGCUGUUCUGUCCGAAGGCUCUUGAGUUUUCUUACACAGACCUCUUCCUCGGGGCAGAAAGCAGGGAUUUUGAUCUUGACAUAUCAAACAAACAUCAACCAGAUGUUUAAUCAACAAAUUAAAUGAUCACGUGACGUUUCUAGGUAUACAGUAUACAGUAUUGUUCAAAAUAAUAGCAGUGCAAUGUGACUAAUCAGAAUAAUCCAGGUUUUUAGUAUAUUUUUUUAUUGCUACGUGGCAAACAAGUUACCAGUAGGUGCAGUAGAUUUGCAGAAAACAAACAAGACCCAGCAUUCAUGAUAUGCACGCUCUUAAGGCUGUACAAUUGGGCAAUUAGUUGAAAGGGGUGUGUUCCACAAAAUAGCAGUGUCUGGCAUUGACUGUACAAACGUUUUUGUUUCUGGGAUUAAUCACUAAACUAAUAUUUAGUUGUAUGACCAUAGUUUUUUAAAACUGCUUCACAUCUGCGUGGCAUGGAGUCAACCGACUUGUGGCACCUCUCGGAUGUUAUUCCACUCCAUGAUUCUUUAACAACAUUCCACAAUUCAUUACAUUUCUUGCUUCAGAAACAGCAUUUUUGAUAUUCCCAAAAGUUCUCGAUUGGAUUAAGGUCCGGGGAUUGGGCUGGCCACUCCAUAACAUUAAUUUUGUUGGUUUGGAACCAAGACUUUGCUCGUUUACUAGUGUGUUUGUGGUCAUUGCCUUGUUAAAACAACCAUUUCAAGGGCAUAUCCUCUUCUGCAUAAGGCAACAUGACCCCCACUAGUUCCCUGGUAUACAAAAAAUAGGCCCAACACCAUGUAGGGAGAAACAUGCCCAUAUCAUGAUGCUUGCACCACCAUGCUUCACUGUCUUCACUGUGUACUGUGGCUUGAAUUCAGAGUUUGGGGGUCGGCUCACAAACUGUGGCCCUUGGACCCAAAAAGAACAAUUUUACUCUCAUCAGUCCACAAAAUGUUCCUCCAUUUCUCUUUAGGCCAGUUGACGUGUCCUUUGGUGAAUUGUAACCUCUUCUGCACAUGCAGAAGAGGUUACAGAGGGAUUUAUAGAUUAGCUUCACACAGACGUCUUCUGUCACAGUACUUACAGGUAACUCCAGACUGUCUUUGAUCAUCCCGGAGCUGAUCAUUGGCUGAGCCUUUGCCAUUCUGGUUAUUCUUCGAUCCAUUCAAAAAUAAAAAAUAUAUUAAAAACCUGGAUUAUUCUGGUUAGUCACAUUGUACUGCUAUUAUUUUGAACAAUACUAUAGACUAAAUCACUAAUGCUACAAAUUGUAUUUCAGUUGUAAUCAUAAAUGUAAUCACUCACACACACAAGGAGCUUGUACAAAACGUGUGCGUGUGUGUGUGUGUGAGCGUGAGCGCGCGAGUGCAUCACAGCUGACUGAGACAUUUUGUAAAGAUAUUCUGAUUUGUACAACCCAUUUUUGUACAGACAUUUCACUCUUGUAUUGACUGAUAAACCCAUAGGAAUUAAAUGUUAAUAUGAUUUAA